CACCGCGUCGUCCGAUGUUUCCCACAGCUGACAGACAGUGAGCAGAGUCUCACAGCAGAACGCGCAUCUCGCACGACGGGCUUCAAAAGCGCACUUGGAUUUGGGAUUACCUUGAACCACAUCUCCCUUGUGGAUCCCAGUAUAGACCUCAUCUAUUGUCCUGCUCGGACAGUCUGAUGGCAUGCGUCUGUAGUAGUGCAUGUGGAUUGUAUUGUUAUUUGUAGUUGCACUCAUCUCUCCAUCCACGCCGAGCCCGAUGCAGUGGGAUGGAUGGUGUUAGAGUGGGGCUGAUGAUGGUGGAGGAGAGUGAUGAACAGAGGGACAGCAGCAGCAGCAGCGGCGGCGGUGGCGGUGGCGCAGCGAUGGCCGCGCUACACCAGUGCGAACUGAUCCAGAACAUGAUCGACAUCUCCAUCUCCAGUUUACAAGGACUCCGGACCAAAUGUGCGGCGUCCAACGAUCUCACGCAGCAGGAGAUCCGCACUUUAGAGGUCAAGCUCAUGAAGUACAUCUGUAAACAGCUGCAGUGUAAGCGAAAGGUGCCAGACACAGAAAGGCCGCCGGCUCUGAACAGCUACCCACGGCUGGAGGACUGGUUACGCACCAUCAACGUCAGACCUGAGCUUAUAGAGACAGUGAACGUGAAGCUGUCAUUGGAUGCUCUGCUGCAGAUGCCCGGCAGUCAGGUGAAGGAAACCAUGAGACGGCUGGGCUCCAGUUCAGAGGAGUGCACCAGGCUGUGUGCAGCCCUCAACUGUUUAAAGAGUGCCUCUGAGUCAGGAGAGUUUAAAGAGGACAGCGGCUGUUGGUUCUCAGAGCCCAUGAGGCGGGACAGUGGCGGCUUGACUCCAGUGGACCAGAUUCCAUUACUAGGAGGUUCCCUGCGACCCCACAGCCCUUCCCCUCUGGCCCGACCCCUGACCACACCCUCCACGCCCCUCACCACCUGCCCAUACCCCCGCUACAUCCUGUCGCCCGGCGAGGCUCAUAUCUACCACGGUUACGCAGAGAGUCUGACCGAUCCCAGUCCGUAUUACAGCUCCCGGCCUGUCAGACUCACCGGACACACCUCGACUCCGCCCAUAACCCCGCCCUCACGGAGGAGACACCGCCUCAAGCCUCCCUGCACCCCUCCUCCUCCCUCCCGCAAAGUUUUGCACCUCCUCCCCAACAUCUCGCUGACCCGCAGCAAGAGUCACGAGAGUCAGCUCGGCCACCGCAUCGAAGACACGCCCACUAACAAGUGUGUGAAGAAGAACAAGCUGUUUCUGAAUGUCCAAAUUAAUGGGAACGGUUGUGAGGACUCUCCAUCACGCUCGCCCACUCUCUCUGCACGGACCCCUGGGGCGGCACCCGCCACGGCCCCGUACACUUUGCCUGGUACUCCUACACUACAGGAAGAGUACAUCGGCCUGAGGAAUAAUGUUACCGUCCACCGUAGUUCACCUCAGGCUCUGCGGAGAGACAUCGGCCUGGCUGUCACUCACAGGUUCUCUACAAAGUCUUGGCUCUCCCAGACAUGUCAAGUGUGCCAGAAAAACAUGAUCUUUGGGGUGAAAUGUAAACACUGCAGGUUAAAGUGUCACAACAAAUGCACUAAAGAAGCUCCGUCCUGCAGAAUCUCCUUCCUGCCCAUCACAAAGAUUCGUAGGACUGAGUCUGUACCCUCAGACAUCAACAAUCCCGUGGACCGUCCACCCGAAGCUCCACAGUUCGGGACGCUACCUAAGGCAAUAACAAAGAAGGAUCAACCACCAGUGCUGAAUCAACUGGACUCCAGCAGUAAUCCGUCCUCCACCACUUCCUCUACGCCUUCCUCUCCCGCCCCCUUCCAGCAGAGCAACCCUCCCAGUGUAACCCCGCCCCCAAACCCCUCCCCAAAGGGUCACCGUGACAACCGCUUCCACUUUCCAGCUGCCUGUUAUUUUCAGCACCGACAGCAGUUUAUCUUCCCUGAUGUGUGCAGUCCCAGCAUCCUUCAUUCAGAUGGACUCCCAGACACAGUUAAUGAAAUCGAUCCGUCAGUGGAGGAGAUGCAUGCGGAACAAGACGAGGAAGACGACAGAGAGGAACUGGAGGAAGAGGAAGAAGAGGAAAUAGUAGCAGAGGAGGAAGAAGAUGUAGCAGUGGAAGAGGAAGAUGAAGAGGAAGAGCUUGAGGAUGAAGAGGAGGAGGAUAUGGAAGAGCUGAACCCAUCCUCAGAAGGAGAGUAUGAAGGAGACGAGCUGGACGACCUGCCCAGCACGCGAGGAGGAACCCACUGGAAGGGUCCCAUCUCCCGUAAGGCCAGCCAGACCAGCGUCUACCUGCAGGAGUGGGACAUUCCCUUCGAGCAGCUGGAUCUCGGUGAGCUCAUUGGAAAGGGCCGCUGGGGUCGGGUUCAUCGCGGCCGCUGGCAUGGAGAGGUGGCCAUCCGACUCCUGGAGAUUGACGGAAACAACCAGGACCACCUGAAGCUCUUCAAAAAGGAGGUGAUGAACUACAGACAGACGCGCCACGAGAACGUCGUCCUCUUCAUGGGAGCUUGCAUGGCCCCGCCUCAUCUCGCCAUCAUUACUAGCUUCUGCAAAGGCCGGACGUUGUAUUCCGUUGUGAGGGACACAAAAAACACACUGGACAUCAAUAAGACUCGGCAGAUUGCGCAGGAGAUUGUGAAGGGGAUGGGCUACCUUCAUGCUAAGGGCAUCGUUCACAAGGACCUUAAAUCGAAAAAUGUCUUUCAUGACACAAAUAAAGUUGUCAUCACUGACUUCGGCCUUUUUGGGAUCUCUGGAGUGGUUCAGGAGGGCCGACGUGAAAACGAGCUGAAACUUCCUCACGGGUGGAUCUGUUAUUUGGCUCCGGAGAUCGUGCGUAAAAUGAGCCCUGGAAACAACGAGGACAGACUUCCGUUUUCUAAUGCUGCUGAUGUUUAUGCCUUUGGCACCAUCUGGUACGAGCUGCAGGCGAGAGACUGGCCCAUCACCAGUCAGCCCGUAGAGGCCACCAUCUGGCAGGUGGGCAGCGGAGAGGGCAUCAGGAGGGUCCUGGCAGAGAUCAACUUAGGAAAAGAGGUCACGGAGAUUCUUUCUGCCUGCUGGUCAUAUGACCCAUGUAAUCGGCCCACAUUCACACAGCUGGCCGACAUGCUGGAGAAACUGCCCAAACUCAACCGCCGUCUGUCUCACCCCGGGCACUUCUGGAAGUCUGCAGAGUUGUAGCCACGUGCCUGAAUCAUGAGAAAUGCAAAACUCAAUUCCUGGCCCUGCCUUGCAUGCCUGCUGAAAGCCUGACCUCUUCUGGACUUACAAACUAACAUCGCCUGCUGUUCCGUCUCUAUCUUUCUUUGGUUCUGUGGGUGGUGGGAUGGGGGACUACCGUGACCAUGCAUAAAACGAAACGCUUUGCCUUUUUUAAAUUCCUAUUUCUACUAUUAUUUUCGGAGUGUGCGACUGGUUCUCUCUUCCCCUCCUGCUCCGGUUUGUGACAUCACGUGACGCAUUUCCUGUUGGAUUCGCAGGAUUCAGUGACACUGCAAUGAAGAUAUUCUCCUUCUCUCUCACUCUUUCUCUCUCUCUUCUCUCCCUCUCUCGUGGUCUUGGUGCCUCUUAGUCCUGUGUGACAUGCGCUGAUUCUGUCUCUGAUUGGCUCGUCUGGUUCAUGCUAACACACCUUUAGUUGUCACUCUUCCUCCAUGGUGUCCGAUAGUAGACAUUUUGUUUCGCAAAUUAUAAUGUUGUUGAUGGGAAGUUUUUGAGCUGUGAGGUUCUAGCAAAAUGUGAUGAGGGUUAUAGAAGGGCCAUUUCUGAGUACAGUAUGCGAAAAUGAGCCAAAGAGAAGCAUGUGCAUCUUCUCAUCUGACUACUAUCGGUCCUGAUUUUCCACGACGAAGAUGUUGAACUCUUGAAUUAAAAUGAGAUUUCAAUGAACCCAGCAGAACAGUGUUCCAUAAGUUGUGUAAACAUGAACUCUCAUGUGUGUUUGUGUGUAACGUGCGUGUUUGUAACAUUGUGUAUGUGGAAGGGUGUGUGUUUGUUUGUUUUGUGAAAGACUGGACUUUGUGGUUUAGAAAUAUCAAUGACAAUGUAAAAUAUUUAUGUAUAAAUAUGGUUUAUUUAUUGUACAGUCAAUGAACAGAAUUCUUUUAAUAUUUAUAUGGACAUUUUAUAUAAAUAUAAAUAAAUAUAUAUACUGUACAUCAUGACAUUUUGAAUAGGUACUGCUGUGCUAUCCCAGAUGUAAAUAUUCUUUAUAUUUUUUCAUGUAAAAAAAACAAAACAAAAACAUGGAAAACUUUUUUUAGAAUGGGUCGAUACAUGUCAUGUACAGUCAUAUUUUUGUAUUGCAUGUGGCUACUGUACACAGUGUCUGUUCUCAUCCUUGAAAGACAAUAAAAUUGAGCUUGUCACGUGA